AUGAGUAAAGUUGGAGCCCAAUGCAUCAAGCGGCCAGCCGGGCCACGGAAAAAGGACUCCCCAUUGGGUGGCGGGGCCUGGCCGAAAGCCGCUGAGAGGCCGCCUGUGUCGGAAUUCGAAUCCCCAAAGUUGAAUAUAGCCGGGAAAUCACAAGGGGCCUUAUUAUUAUUAGCAUAUUGUGCUAAUGAGCUGAAUGAAAUUAGUGAUAGCAGAAUAGUGGGUAGUAGUAGCUUUGGGGAAGGAAGAGGGUCCAUUAUCAGAGUGAAAAUGGAAGAUGUAGAAAUGGUAGAUAUAAGGGGACGAAAGGGAAAGAAGUGA